GGAAUCGUCGGAAGCAGAUGGUAUGUAUUUUGUGCGGCUACAAGGCAAAGGAAAUGGAUUUAAAAUCAGGACACAUCGUAUUGUGCACUAACGAAGGCUGCAAAGGUAUCUAUUGCUCUAAAUGCUUCGUCGACAUAAGAAACAAAUGUACGCUGUGUAGUAAUCCUUUGGAAUACGGAGACAUAACGGACGUUAGCGAAGAAAAAGAUAGCUCGGACGAAAUGCAAAAGAACUUUGAGAUACUGCGAGCGAAGCGAAAAAAACCCGCGAGGAAAACUAAGAAACGAUGGUUCGCAAGGACUAGGAGCAGCAAAUCGUCCUUGGGUUACAGUAGAGUCAGCUCAAGAGAAGAGGGUGACGUGGAAAGUUCCAGCGGAUGCGACUCGGACGAUACGUGCAGUUCUGUGUCCAAUUCAUACGAAAACGAUCACAACUACGUGAACGCGCCUCUAAAUUACGCGCCGUUGGUCAUAGAGAGUCAAUACAGUAUUCAUCGAGUAAGGAAGUCCUGUUGAGGAUUGUGAAAUCCUUCAAAAUCGUAACAAACAGUUUCCCGAAAAUAUCAAUUUGUAAUAAUAAUAUUUUAUAUUAUGUAACGUCUCGACGAGUUCCUAUUGCAGACGAACUCAGGUCUUUCAUAAUUGAUUGUAUCACAUUUAUCAACGUUUGAAGUAGAAUUUCCAGGCCAUAAGUGUAUUGGAGAAGGCUAUAAUUAUGAAACUAAUA